AUGUCGCAGGGUUCCCAAGGCUCCAAGCCGAAAUGGAAAGUGGGCUCUUUCCUGCAGCAAGCCGUUGCCGGCGUUGAGUCCAGGCUGGACUUGAUCCUGGCUGAAGAGGAGGACCAGAAACAGCUACAGGCUAAGAAUGCGACCGCAAAGCCCAAACCGAAUGAGCAGACAAGCAGUAUAUCACGCAGUUCGUCGAAUGCGCGAAAGAAUGAUCGCCUUCAAGAACGCCUGGCUCGUGCCGUGGUGAAGUCGAAUACUGCUGGCAAUACCUCCUCGCAGCCUUCCAGCCAUGCCCCCUCCCCCGUCAGCAGUCCGGUUCCCAGCAACGGUGGACGCUCGAGCAUGGAUAUUGAUGCUAGUCUUGAUUCCCAGAAUGGAAGUACAGGGAGACAUUCUCGAAAUUCCAGUCGGCAGGAAGUAAUUGCAGCCACAGAGGCUCCUCGGAUGAGCCAGGACUCAGCCGUCUCGUCACGCCGCUCUCAGGACCUCGUUUCGCAGACCGGAACUUCUAAUGUUGAGGAGGCUGCUUCAGCAGACACCUCUAAUGCGACACAUGACACCACACAAAAAGACAGCGCAUCAUCUCCCGAGCCUACGAUUUCCCUGCCAAUGACGGAUACUCCUACGGACAGCCCCAGAACUUCCAGCGACCAAGACAAGUCUAUUGCGCAGUUACAGGCGGACCACAAAGCCGCAGAGUCUCAGUGGCAGGAGGAAAUGUACGGAUAUAUCGAACGGAUCGAUGCGCUGCAGUCCAAGUUAAAGUAUUUGGCCAAGGAAGCCGCGGAAUCUGCCAAGAAGGCAGCGGCUACAGCAGAGCCAGGGAGCGUCGAAAAGCAACUUCGAGAAAAGGACGAAAAGAUCGCACUGUUGCUCGAGGAAGGACAAAAGCUAUCCAAGUCGGAAAUGGACCACAGAACCGCGAUCAAGAAACUGAGGCAGCAAUUGGCAGAGAAUGCAAAGGCGCAGACUGAGUCAAAGAAGAAGACUGAAAAACUGGAACGGGAUCUUGCCAAUGCAGAAAUCAGAGCCAAACGGGCUGAGGCGGCCGAGAAGAGAGCAAAUGACUCGCUCUCUGCGCAAACGAAGGUGUCUCGGGACCUGGAAGCCGCGACGGCAGAGCGUAACGCACUCAGCCAGACUGUACAGGAAUUGAAAGGACAGCUCGCUCGAGCUGUGUCCAGAGCGGAAGCUGCAGAGGCCAAGGCUCAAUCCGAGGCACUCGAGCAGGAGAAGCGUCGCGCUACCCAGUUGGAGGAGGAUCUAGCAAGCGCCAAGAUCGAACGUGAAAUCAGUGAAGAGAAGCUGAAUAGAGAGAUCAGCGAUUUGAAGGGAACCAUUGAGCAGGAAAAGGAGCGAGCGCGUAUGUUGGAGAUCGAGCUGAAGGGGGAGCAGUCGGCGCUGGAAAGUAAGAUGGAGUCCUUGCGGUCUCGGGCAGAAGAGGCAUCUUCCGGUGUUACUGGCGAUGCGCAAGCCAAACUCUUGCGUCAGAUCGAAACCCUCCAAACACAGUAUGCCGUCGCCAGUGAGAAUUGGCAGACCUUGGAAGGCUCACUACUGGCACGGUUGGCGAACGUCGAGAAGGAGCGGGAUGAGGUUGCGCGACGGGAGGGCGAGAUGCGGCGGAAGAUCCGCGAAGUGAACCUCAAAGCGAAAAGACUUGAAGAAGACCUGGAGAAUGCCAAGGAGGCCGAGCAUGACCUCGAAGGAAAGCUCGAAGAGCGCAUGCAAGAACUACAGAAGGCAGAGCAGAAGCUGAAGAAGUCGGCGGAUGACUUGGCCCUGGCCCAGAAGGAUCUUGUUGAACAAAAGAAGGUGCUCGAUGCUACAUGGUCGCAGAAACUAGAGGAAGAGCGUACCAAAUGGCGCGAGCAGACCAUUUCGCCGCCCGCCUUGCUCCAGCAGCCACGGACGCAGUCCCCCGUUGCCUACAGCCGGAGACCAAGUGCUUUGGAGCCUGUCUCACUAGACUUCCGGCCCACGAGCCGUCGGUCCUCGACAUUACCAACUUCGCCAGAAGUUGGCACACCCACUCGCCAGAACUCUUUCCCUAACUCGACCCUGAUGCUCUCUCCACCUCAAACCAACGGUUCCUCUCACCACGCUGUUCCAGAAACCCCGUCAAUUACUUUCGAGCCCGACGAGUACUUCAGCCGCUCCGGGACCCCCUCGGCCUAUGGCGGAGCAGCGACACAGCAUUCGCGCGGUAUCAACGACAUUAUCUCCGAGUCCACUGUAGGAGCGGGACCGUCCGUACAGCUUGUUGAGCGCAUGAGCGCCACGGUCCGUCGCCUCGAGAGUGAACGCGCAGCAUCGAAAGACGAACUCGCUCGAAUCACCACACAACGUGAUGAAGCGCGCCAGCAAAUCGUCGACUUGAUGCGCGAGGCGGAGGAGAAGCGAUCCUCCGACGCUCGCGUGCAAGAUCUUGAGAAGCGGCUCGAGGAUCUUGACCAGAGAUACCAGACGACGCUCGAGAUGCUCGGCGAGAAGAGCGAACAGGUGGAAGAGCUUCAGGCCGAUAUUGCAGAUCUCAAAAAGAUCUAUCGGGAGUUGGUUGACAGCACCAUGAAAUAA